AUGGCAUUUAAAUUGAAUCUGAGCUUCCUGGACAAUCCUCGCCAGAGCAUCCUCCAAGAAUCAGGCAGUGCAGACAACUUCCAAUUUGAUGCUGCAAAACACUUUGAAAUACCUCAAUUCUCAAUCCCUCCGGUCGCAAACCCUGUCGAUUUCCUAAAAUCUUAUACAGAUGAAGGAGCUGAACACCGCAUCAACAUGGUCCACGGUACUACUACGCUGGCUUUCAAAUUCGCCGGUGGUGUCCUCGUAGCUGUCGAUUCACGAGCUACUGGUGGUUCAUACGUUGCUUCUCAAACUGUACGAAAGAUCAUUGAAAUCAAUCCAUACUUGUUGGGUACUAUGGCUGGUGGUGCUGCUGAUUGUUCUUUCUGGGAACGUGAAUUGGGUAGACGGUGCCGAUUAUAUGAACUGCGAAACAAGGAACGAAUCUCUGUCGCUGCAGCUUCAAAGCUAUUGAACAAUAUGGUCUACUCAUACAAGGGCAUGGGUCUCUCCAUGGGUACAAUGGUCACUGGUUGGGACAAACAAGGUCCAGGCCUCUUCUACGUAGACUCUGAUGGUCAACGAAUGAAGGGUGACUUGUUUUCAGUCGGAUCUGGUUCCACACAUGCUUACGGUGUCCUAGACACUGUCUAUGACUUCGACAUGUCGACCGCUGAAGCUAUUGACUUGGGCAAACGAGCCAUUUAUCAUGCUACGUUCAGGGAUGCUUAUUCUGGUGGUAUGGUCAUGGUGUAUCAUGUCAAGAGGGACGGAUGGGAAUACAUUAGUCGAACAGAUGUCACCGAGCUUCACUACGAGUACCAAGAUGCACCUAAACCUAAACUCGUGUAG